AUGUCGGGGGGAAUCGCCCGCGGCCGCCUCGCCGAGGAGCGCAAGGCCUGGCGCAAGAACCACCCGCACGGUUUCGUCGCGAAGCCGGAGACACUGCCCGACGGGACGGUGAACCUGAUGAUCUGGCACUGCACCAUCCCCGGCAAGCAAGGGACUGAUUGGGAGGGUGGAUACUUCCCUCUCACCCUUCAUUUCAGUGAGGAUUACCCUAGCAAGCCUCCCAAGUGCAAGUUCCCUCAGGGUUUUUUCCACCCAAAUGUCUAUCCUUCUGGAACAGUCUGCCUUUCGAUCCUUAAUGAGGACAGCGGUUGGAGACCAGCUAUUACUGUUAAGCAGAUUCUUGUCGGGAUCCAGGACUUGCUAGAUCAGCCAAAUCCUGCUGACCCUGCUCAAACAGAUGGCUAUCACCUUUUUAUCCAGGAUCCUACAGAAUAUAAGAGGCGUGUUAGACUGCAGGCGAAGCAGUAUCCCGCGUUGGUCUGA